AUCUUAUCAUGUUCACAGAAAUCAUGUGCAGUCUGUAGACCCCAAAACGAUACCAUGGCAUAGCCAUAACUAAGGCACCAGGUCGCGGAAGAGAAAAUCCCCUUGCCCAACAGGCUUUCUGUUGAACGAAGGCGGAAAUCGUCAGCGGAGCCUAGGGACGAGCAAAGUCGACGUGUCCACCAGUCGUUUCAAUACCAGGUGCAGCAUUGUGCAGGAUGCAGGCCUCCGCUCGAAGAAGGAUCAGCCGCAAGGUGGACGGCGCCCUGUCCGACAGGACGAUUGCGAACGUGUUGCUAACGCGGACAGACGGCGACUCGGACGACGAUCACACCAAGAACCCGCGCUUUGUGCUGCGCGAGGGUCCAGAUGAACUGGCUGCCGUCACCAAUGUGCUGUAUCGGCGAGCGUGGCGACUGAAAGUCUUCAUCGACAACCUGGUUUCCUACCGCGAAGUGCAAGUUACGGUCGGAGCAAGCUUUGGGGAGAUCUCAGAGUCCAUAGAAUGCUAUGACAAGCUGCCCAAGACACAGUGCUAUCGACUGGAAAUGCACGGCGUGUGGCUGCACCCGUCAUGGCUGUUUGGUGAGGUGUUGUGGUGGAGUUCAGCACCUCUUGUAGCUCAUCGACAGACAAUCAAACCCAUUACUCUCGUCGUCAAGAUGCCAUUCCGCAAGGACGAGUACAUGGUGCGAGAGAGUGACAACGACAUCCACAGCCUAUACCCGGAGCAGGUCAUGACGUACAUAACCAGGGAUUUCGGUUUACCGGCCGGUGUGUUCCGUAUUGGCAUGCGCAAGUACAGGGGUGACCCGGGUGGAAAGGACGUCAAAGUGAAAAUGUCCCCCACCUACGUCUUGCCUCCGCCGGAGAUGGCCGAGGAGAAGAUGGCCAGAGAAGUCGCGCGGAUCCGCACCCUGUCGCAGACAGUCGAGGCCUAUCCUCUUCUGCACUUCUCAAAGUUUCCACGCCAGUACUCUUGUGAUACCGUUGAUGAUUGUUUUGAACUGUUCUCUGACUGGAGACCACCUCUUCCAAGCAAAGUGGAUGGUGAGUAUGAGGAUAGUACGUAUGACGAUGACGGGCAAGAUACACCUCUGAGAAUGUUUCCACGCAACACAAGCUUUGGCGAGCUUGGAAUGCGGGCAGGUGACGAGAUCUGGUUACAGGUACGUGCUGGCUUCUCUCCCAUUCUCCGCUACCUCAUUCCGGGACCACACCGAGAAUUCAAAACCUUCCAGGACAUCGUCGACGAGCUAACCAACGACACGCGCACGAAAGAGGAGCAGCAGUACUUGAUCCAGGUGACACUCUACAUAGCCGCAUACUACAACAAUGUGCCGUUGAUCGAGUAUCUCUUCCUCAAGGACGUGGGCAUGCCUCAACUGCCCGUUGGACAACAUCCCAAGUGUAACGAUACCGGCGGUGGAGAGGCAGACUGCCCGCUACACAUCGCCGUACGCCGUAAUAAUAUGGAGACGGUGCGCUGCUUUGCCACCUACCGCCGCCUGUGCCUAUGGGUGAAGAAUGACGAGGGUGUCGACGCAGUGGAACUGGCCAGUAAAUACGGCUACACGGAGAUGGUGAAGUUCCUGGAAGAGGAGCGUGUUCGACCACUUCAUCUGGACGAGCCAGCCGAGGGCAGACUCACGCGCUACCAGAAGCUGUACGGCCGCCGCGAAGAGAUGGACUACUUUCAACUGGCGGCACUCGUCAAGAACAAUCAGCUGAAGUGCUUUGACAGCAUGUCCAUCGUUGAAGAAGUGGCCACGGAAGUUACCUUUGCCGACUUGGUUACCAAGGUGAAAGCAAGAAUGCCACCGAGGCGGCAGCGGAGGAGAAGGAACAAAAACCGACCGCUAUGGCUGGACAACAAGAUGAAGGCAGCCGAACGCUUCAGGAGCGUCAUAGAAGCCGAGGAUGCGAGAGAAAAAGAAAGAAACCUGAGGGGAAGAGGAGCUGAGCAGUCCAAGGAGCACACACGGAUAGAGCAGUCGGAUGAUUCCAAAGGAACGACGGUCGGCGAGGAUGUUGCUGCGGCUGCUGAACGUUUCAAGCGUCCGUUAGCAGCUGCAUCGUCGUUGGCCAGGGAGAAGGCCAAGCCUGCGGAAAGCCAACCACCCAAGGAGCAGAAACAGGAAAAGCCAUCGGACGAAUCCAAAGGAACCAGCGGCUGUGAAAGCGAUGCUGCAGCAGCUACACACCAGCCUGGUGUAGACACUGAGAAGAUCAAAGACACAGACAAGCCUCAGGAACGUGAACUGGAGACGUCUGGUGAACUGGAGACGUCUGGGGAGCACGGACAAGAUUCUAAGGAGAUCGGAGACAACGAUGAGCCAAAGAAUAGCACAGUAGGAGAGGAGUGCAAACAGGAAGAACUGUCCGAAGAAUCCGAAGGAAGCCUUGCAGGCGAUGAGAAUGUUGUCAUGCCAAAUAUAGACAACGGUAGUUCAGAAGUUGAGGAGAUCAGCGUAAUAGAUGACCCCGUGCAGCGUGAAGCAGAUGAGUCUGAGGAGCACAAACUGGAAGAGACGUCGGAAGAAUCCAAAUGA